UAUACUGCUCAGUGAGACUACCGACACUAUUAAUGUUUCUAACCUAUGUAAAUUUUGGGUUAUAUUUAAAAAGUUGGCCGACAACUGAAAAGAUUGUUUUGGUUUUCAUUAUUUGAGGAAAUGACUGUAUUUGAAAUAUUGCUCAAAUUUUAAAUGGAGAUUAGACCACACUGGAAGAAGAUUUGGCUCUCUUUAAAAGGAGAGAGCCCCUAUAUAACACCCAAAGAUGUAAAAAAUAUUUUAGAUAUUACAGGAGAAAAUUUAUUAGAAGGCAUAACAUUUUAUAAAAGCCAUUCCCUUGAGUUAUAUGUGAAGUGGAAGUCUUCAACUGUAAAAGAAACCAACAAUGUAGUGGAGGCUUUCAUAAAAAGUAUUUCAAUAAACUUUAAUAUAAAUGCAGAUGCUGCAUGGAUUACUUUCUGUAACUACUUAAUGUAUGAAUAUUAUGGAAAAUUUGAAGACAUUAAUGAUAACUUCAGAUCUGAAUUAUUUUGUCAAAGUUUACUAAAUUCUGUUUGGAAGUUUUAUAAUUCUGAGCGAAUGUUUCUUAUUAAGAUUUUGAGAUAUGUAAUAGAGAAAAGUAAAACAGACAAUGUUUACAAAAAUGAAUUUACAAAUUUUGUAAAUGCGAAGAGUGUAUCUGUAAUACGUAGUUGUCUAUUAAAACAACUUGACUUCUUAAUUCAAGAGAGAACCGAGUGCAGUACAGAAAAAUAUUUAUUUUAUGAUGAAUGGUUUGAUAGAAAUUACAGAGAACAACUUGAAAUUAUGGUUACUAUAUUAACAAUAAGUUACUGUGAAAAAUUUAGUGACAAUGAUUUAAAAAGUUUGUUCAGUUUAUUUCAAAGGCAGAAUAUUGGGGAUACUAAUUUAAAAGAAAAAGAUGCUUCUGAAAAUUUUACCCUAUUAGGAAGUAUAAAGUGUGUACAAAAUGCGACUAUACUUAUAGCAGUUCAGGAGUGGUGGGGUGAUAAAAAGUUAUGGUUACAUUUCGGAGAUUACAUGAAAGAAAUGAUUUCCUAUGUUUAUCAGGAUACAGACUACGCAAAUAUAAACUUAAUUUAUGCUGUGUUACUUGUAAUUUUACAAAAUUCAACAGGUAGUCAUGGAUGGAAAAUGGAAGAAUACCAAAAAUACUUAGAAUUUGCAAUAGAAAAUAAAGUUUUUAGAAUUCUGUAUUAUAUCCUGUGUAAUCCCGUUCUUCAGAGUCCCCUAAUUCUACAACAAUUACGUAAAGCUUGUUGUUGUUACAUGGAAGCUGUUUGUUUCUAUUUUAACACAGAUGAUCUAAUUUAUACAGAAGAUGGUUCUGUCUUAGUUCUUUGUGAACUUCUGAAAGAACGUUACAUCGUGGACUCUAUAAUCGGGGAGAAAUUACCUGCAUUAAAAACUUUAUACAAAUGUGCUGUGAGAUUAUUUCCUUUUGACUUCGAGCCUUUAACACGCAUCUCGAAAGCUGUAGCAACGCAUUCAGAUUACGUUAAAAAAGUAAUACAUGAUUUAGAAAAUUUAGGGGGUUUUACGGAAAUAUAUUCUACGAAAAAAGGUGAAGUAGAAACGCUUAUUCUUUCAAAUGAAUACCGACCCUUUGAUAACGACACUUUAAUAAUUGAUAGUGGAACUCCUGUUACUAUCUGGAAGGGUUUACAAAGAAGUUAUGUUACUUACAAAGUUAAAUACAGUUACUUUGUUAUUCUUCAAAGACUUUUGGAUAUUUUCGUGAGAAGUAUAGAGCAACGAAGCUCCAUUAACUUGGAGGUUUUGGAUCAAAUAGUUCUGGGUUUUGAACUUUUUAAAGAUUUAGCACAGUAUGACUUGAAGAGUACGAUUGAAAAUUUCAAUAUUGAAGGCUGUCUUAUGUACAUUAAUCAGUUGGUAAUUAACUCAUGGAAAGCUAUCUAUGAUGACCCACGCGUGGUUAAGCUUUGUUUUAAACUUUGUCUAGUUAUGAUGGAAUACAAAAGCAAAGAUACAAUCGACUUUUUAGUCGAACGUAAUUACCUACCAAAACCCGCAUUUAGAAGUAAUAGCUUAAUUGAAUUGUUAACGAGUAGUUUAUAUCAAGAAGCAAAAGUAACGAAAGCUAUUUUGAAAGGAAAUUUUAAUUCAGAUGUUAUUGAAAUAGUGGAACUUUACGUGAAUUUUGUACAGCUAAUUUUAAAUAUGAAAUACUCAGAAAGAGUUCAAGCUACUGGUUUAGUUUUUGUGCUUCUUCACAUUUACCCAAAAUUGACAGCCACAAAUUUCGAGGGAAACUGGAAAUUUUUACAUGUUAUCAAUAAAUGUUUGAAGAUACUUAUAUUUAUUUUGGAAGAGAAUUUAAAACCCAAAAAAGAAAGAAGUUCUGUUUAUGAUAAACUAAUUCAAGUUAUGAUGGAAUCAGAUACAAUUUUAAAGUCGAUUGUGCGAAUUUUUGCAGUUAGUAAUGCUGCCGUACAAGAAGAAAUGGAAAAGGAAACAAAUUGGGAAAACGGUCAAAGCGUUGUUUAUCUCGCAUGCAUUAAAAAUUCUUUAAUUGCAACGAAACUUUUUCUUACAUCACUCAACGCAAACUAUGAAGAAAAUCAGCAAAAUGCAAUUACAAGAAAAAUGUGUCAAAUUCAGUACCAGAAGAACAACAUUGUGAAAAUUCUGUCAACCUAUCUGAAUUAUUCGUUUGAUAUAAUCAUUCCAAAAAUUGUUUGCAGGAUUAUUCGCUGCCUUGCUCAGAAUCGAAAGUUACUUGUUUACGCAAUGCUCGAAGCGGACCAUCAUCAAGUAAAUGCCAUGUUUUUGGAUAGAUUAAGAGAUCCAUUAUACGAUGAAGAUACCAAAGUUGCGAUCGUUGAACUUGUGGCAACUUGUGUCGAAUCACAAUUUGGAAUGACGGCAGCUUUCUUUAACAUUUUUGAUGCUCAGAAACACAGUAAAAGCAAGCAAGGCAAACCACGUCCUCAUGUGUAUGGAGAGAACAUAGCAAAUUUUAUGAUAGAGUAUCUUAAUAACAUUAAAAAUUCAUUGGAAUAUUUAAAUAACCCUUUACAAAACGCAAUAUUACACCUGUUUUACAAAUUGUGGGUGAAUAAAAAAUCAUAUUUAAUCUCUUCUAUAACUCAAAAAGAAGAAUUUUGGUCAUUACUCAUAGACCCGUUGUUCCAUGAUUUCAAAUUUAACGCCGAGACUUACAUGAAAAUAUUCGCAAUAAUAACAGUAGAACUGUAUUCAUGGAGAAGUGAUAUUGAAAAAACUAGAGAUGUAAAAGUGACUACAAGCGAUAUGAGCAUUUCUACCAUUUAUUCAGAUGAAUGUCGAAAGUUUGAAGAAACCGUAUCCGAAUCAGAGGACGACGUUUUAAUUAAAUUAAAAGCAAAAGAAAAUCUAAAAAAGGAAAUAACAAAAUUGCUCACCUACAAAAAUGGUUAUAUUGAGAAGUGGAUAAAAUUCAUGCAAUCAAGAAUGGAAAGUAAAGUAAAAUUUGACUGCGAUGUAGACGCAUUGUGUUUACUCAGGGCAUGGAAAAAUUUUCUUGUUAUGACCAAGAAAAUCAUUCCUGCUGUAUUAAACGAACAAUCUAAAACAAUCGUAUUGACAAAAAGAGAUUGUUUAAAUGGAUUGCUACAUUAUCUUACUAAUAAUCCUACAGAACCGAGAAUUUUAAAUGACUAUACAGAGCUUCUGUUACUUUUGGUGUCACAUUAUUCGUUUAGUAGUGAAUCUAAUAUACAUCACGACUUUGAGAAGCUGAUAAAUAUACUAGGUUGCCUUACCAAUUACUAUGCAGAUAUAAAAAAAUCCGUGAAGGAAUCGAUAUUAACUAUUCUAUGUCACAUAAUAGAGCAGCAUUCGCAUUUUUUUGAGUCAAAUCCUACAAAUACGGCGAAAUUAUUGGACAUAUUUUGCAGACUUUUUACUUUCGAAUAUGAAUAUUUGAUGAUUGAUUUAGUAACAUCAAAAUCAAACAAAGAAAUACAGCAAGUUGAAGUUGGUUACGAGAAAUAUAUCGCUUGGAACUUGCUUCUUUCGAUUAUAAAUAGAUUUCUAAAUCUUAAAACUAUUGAUCAACAUUUGUAUUAUUUUAAAAAUUUCCAAAUUUUACCAAGUCUUCUCAAAUCAAUAGAAUACUUUGUUAAUGAUUGUAACCUGUUAAAACUUGCUAAAGUUACUGUAAAGUGCUUGGUUAAUUAUGCACAGUCUCCACUUGCUGAACACUUUCUAAUGUUUGAUUUAAAUAAUUUUUACGAAUCAGUUCGACCUCCUAAACAGUAUAUUAACAUUGCCAUAAAGCCAUUGACGGAUGACGUUCCAUGGUACUUAAAGGAGUUUUGGAUCAUUUAUGCAUUCCUCCUCAACUUAUUUCACAUUUUACAAGUCAAAUUUGGCUUUUUAAUGUUAGAAUAUAGCUUAUCAUUCAUGCAUUUGUACGACGACAUACUCAAGUAUCUCGCAGGUUUAGUGCAAUUAACGACUGAUACUACAGCAUUACAAUUAACUUGCUCAUGUCUCAAAUUCUUUGAGGCAAUAUUCCAAUUUAAAGGGAAAUGGUGGGCUCAAAAUGAGCAAUCUUUUAAUUCCAUACUUAAUUCAAUCAAGGAAACCCUUAACAUAAGUGUUGGAGUUAUUUUAAGACCAAAUAUUCUAGUUUUCAAGGCAGAAGGGAACCAGUAUCUUAAAUUCAAUAAAAUAGAAACCGUGCCUGAAGAUGAACUUAUUAAACUUAUUGAUAUGCAUAUUCAAAUAAUUUCCUGGUGUUUACGGUGCCUUUUAAGAUGUAGUCCGGAUUUGAUCGAAAUUUUACAUCCUAUUAAAACUCGCAGGAUAUUUUUUGAUUUGGUGGAGCAUGAUUACAGAGUUCCAAAAUUAAUUCUUGAAAACCCUCAAACCCUCAAUUAUGGAACUCUUCUUUGUACCAUGCACUUCCUAUGCAAAACAUUGACGCAGAUAGCACAGCACAGUAAUCAUUUGGUAAUACUUCGUAAAAAACGAGUUGCAAGAUUCAAAGGAUUUAAUAUCCUAGGAAACGACAAUGAACCAUCUCUAACAGAUUUCAGAAGAGAAGAUAGGGGCGAUAAUGUAGAGACGAGAGAUGCAUAUUUUGGGAGAGAUGCAAGCGAACUCUUCCUGUCACCUGAAACUCUCCAUGCUACACAAAGAUUUGCUACGUCUGGUGUCUGUGGCAUGUCUGUUCCCUGGCUGGUUUCCCUAGAUUCCAAACUGGUUGCUUACACUUUAGAAAUAUUAACCACAUUUUUGGGCCAACAGAUAUUCAUUUCAUUACAAGAUCCUUCCACUUUACAUCGCCAGCAGCUACAGUUUAUUAAAAGGGAACUUUGCUCAGAGCUUCAAUUUUUCCACGACUUUAUACGAAAACGUGUUACUUAUUUGUAUGAUUAUACCGUCCAAGGUAGUCACGUUUUUAGAUCGUUUGCUGGAAAAUCUUGGAACGAAAUCGAAAAAAUCAUGCCAGAUUUAUAUCCUGCACAUUCAAAAUACUGGGGUGUUCAGAAAAUGGAACCGGGGGAGACUGCUAGUAUUUAUUCGAAAUUAAUCGCCGAAGAUACGCAGCAUAACGUCAAUAAUAAUGUUCCUUUUUUUGUCGAAGAGGACUAUUUACUUUUCAUUUCUCAUUGGUUUAUAAAUAUGUGUUCACUGACUCAUUGAACUUUUUUAUAUUCAGUACCUAUCGAUUUUGAGGUGACAAUAAUCUGAUUGCAGCGUUUUAAAAUAAAAAAAUGGAUUUAAUCCUU